AUGGAUAUUGGCCCUAAUAAUGAUUGUGGUGAUUCUGGUGAUGAUGGUGUUUCUCGUCGUGAUGGUUUUCGUCAUGGUGUUGGUCUUGGUACUACUGAUUUAAACAAAGCCUUUCAUCCAUUUGGUUUAGCGAUAUGUUCUAAUGAAAAAACAAAUGGUUUUGCAUUUAUUUUUAAAGAUAUUCAAAUUGGAAUGCAAAAGAUUAAUAAAGAUUUAUUAAAACCAAAAGCAUUAAUAUCUGAUGCUGCUGAUGCAAUUAAAAACGGAUUUAAAAGAGUAUUCGACAACUCAUAUGAUCAUAUAAUGUGCUGGGCACAUAUGAAGAGGAAAAUUAACAAUCGUGUAUGCCAAAUAAAUGAUAAACAUAUUGCAAAAGAAAUGAUAAAAGAUAUCGAAAUGCUUCAAUUAUCCAACUCAACACCUGUAUUUCAAUUAGCAUCAACGUUAUUUAUGAAAAAAUGGAAAAUGAACAACAAACAAAAUAACCAAUCAAUAUUAGAUUUUUAA